AUUUCUCCGACUUCUCGCUCCCCCUCUUCUUCUUCUUCGGCGGCCCAUUUGUUUGCUUCUUUACGCGACACGAUAUUUCUCGUCCGGAAAUUAGGGUCUUCGGAGAUCGUAGAGAGAGAAAACAAAAGUGAAGCUACUCAUCUGGUUCAUCAAAUCAUCGCAAGAUCAUCGAGGGGAACGAAGGAGAUUCCGCCGUCUCCAUUUCUGCACUUUUGCAGGUAAUUCACAAUAAUUUUGGAAUUGGAUAUGAAUGUUCACUUGAAGUGGGCCCUUAAGCAGCAGUGAAGGACGCAAGACAUAGGUCUUUCUUCAUUGCAGAUGCAUCUAUAUAAACAUCCUCCUCGACACAAUACGUAAUUUUGUCAUUGUUGCGGAUACUUCUAUAAACAUUUCUCAUUCCAGUGACUUCCCAAGGACACUAUCAUCAUGUUUUAACAACAGUUAAAAGGAAGGUCAUAUAUAACUUCAUGGGAGAGUGGGUAAUUGGAGCCUUUAUCAACAUUUUUGGCAGCAUCGCCAUCAAUUUUGGUACCAACCUGCUCAAAUUGGGUCAUGAUGAGAGAGAAAGGCAUUCUGUGCCAGGCAGUAAUGAUGGGAAAAUUGUAAUGAAACCCAUCAUACACUUCCAGACUUGGAGAAUUGGUGUUCUAUUUUUUGCUCUUGGAAAUUGUCUCAACUUCAUUUCCUUUGGAUAUGCUGCUCAGUCACUUCUUGCAGCCCUUGGGUCUAUACAAUUUGUGUCCAACAUUGCAUUUGCGUACUUUGUUUUGAAUAAAACAGUGCCCGUCAAGGUACUUGUUGCCACAGCUUUUAUUGUCCUUGGUAACAUUUUUCUUGUUGCUUUUGGUAACCACCAAUCUCCUGUUUACACACCAGAGCAGUUGGCAGAAAAGUUCAGCAACAUUACAUUCCUUCUUUACUGUCUCAUUCUGGUCUUGGUUGUUGCCUUGCAUCACUUUCUGUACAGGAGAGGAGAAGUGCUGCUUUCACUUCCUGGCCAUGACUUGAAGCCCUAUUGGCAGAUGCUGCUUCCUUUUUCCUAUGCUAUUGUAUCUGGUGCAGUAGGAUCAUGCUCAGUGUUGUUUGCAAAAUCAAUCUCUAACCUGCUAAGGUUGUCCAUGUCCAGUGGCUAUCAGUUGCAUGGCUGGUUCACAUACUCCAUGCUUCUGUUAUUUCUCAGUACAGCUGGCUUUUGGAUGGCAAGGUUGAAUGAAGGAUUAUCACUCUUUGAUGCAAUACUCAUCGUUCCAAUGUUUCAGAUUGCUUGGACUUUCUUUUCUAUUUGUACAGGAUUUGUGUAUUUUCAGGAAUAUCAGGUGUUUGAUGCUCUGAGGACUACGAUGUUCAUACUAGGAUUGAUUUCUGUAUUCGUAGGCAUUUCUUUGCUGGCACCUGAUGAGGCAAGAGGAGAAGAAGUCAGGGAUAGGGCUUUAUCUUCUGAGGCAUCUUCCAGCAUUACAACCGAUGUAGACAGGCUUGUUUUGCAGUCUGAAGAUACCCAAAUUAAAGACUUGAGAUCAUUUGUGAGAGUGAUGCUGAUGAAGGCUGCCGAUAUGGUAGUCAAGGCAAAGGCUGCUUGCUUGUUAUCAUUGGGUCUAGGAGAGAACUCGAUUCAUGCAUCUUCAGUUCUUGUGAUGCCCAUGGUCUCGUCAAAGAUUACAGGUUUUAGAGGAAGUAGUCUUGAACGGGCGAAGUUUUUCUCCUUAAGAAACUCUAGCUGGAGUAAGAUCUCAGGGGAUGAUGGUGUGGAAGUCCUGGAGACGGCUUCGAUGCUUGCCCAAAGCAUUGAGUAGGUACAGAUAUAUGACUCAAAAAUUAAUUGUUUGGCCAAUGUGGUUAUUGUUGUUGUUAACUACCUCACGUGUUUAGGAUGUAUUCUCCUUCGUUUUGUAUGUAUUGUAUUAAUUUUUUGCCAUUCUAGUAGUUUUUGAAGAAUUUGAUCAGAAUUGACUCUUGUACUCGAGCAAUGGUAUUCUAAAUAUAAAUAUGAACAACUGUUUCAUAGUUCUCCUUA